CAUUUCCCUCCAAGAAGAGCAGCACGCAAUCCAGAGUGCCACACUACCCAGCUCUUCUUCUUCUUCUUCUUCACAGCAGCAGCUAACCAAGAAGCCAAAGCUUCCAUUGAUCACUCGCUCUGCUCACAUUCUGAUACUGCGAUGGAGUGCGAGACUGGCUACGUCGCCGCGGCCGCCGAUGGUGGUCUCUGCAUGGAGGUGCCCCGCGCCGACCCGCUCAACUGGGGGAAGGCGGCGGAGGAGAUGGCCGGGAGCCACCUCGACGAGGUGAAGAGGAUGGUGGCGGAGUACCGGCAGCCCGUGGUGCGGAUCGAGGGCGCCAGCCUGAGGAUCGCGCAGGUGGCGGCGGUUGCCGGCGCCGGCGACGGCGAGGCCGCCAUGGUCGAGCUCGACGAGUCGGCGCGGGAGCGCGUCAAGGCCAGCAGCGACUGGGUGAUGAACAGCAUGGCGAACGGCACCGACAGCUACGGCGUCACCACCGGGUUCGGCGCCACGUCGCACCGGCGGACCAAGGAGGGCGGCGCGCUGCAGCGGGAGCUCAUCAGGUUCCUCAACGCCGGCGCCUUCGGCACCGGCGCCGACGGCCACGUCCUCCCCGCGGGUGCCACGCGCGCGGCGAUGCUCGUCCGGAUCAACACCCUGCUGCAAGGCUACUCCGGCAUCCGGUUCGAGAUCCUCGAGGCGGUCGCCAAGCUGCUCAACGCCAACGUCACGCCGUGCCUGCCGCUCCGGGGCACGAUCACCGCGUCGGGCGACCUCGUCCCGCUCUCCUACAUCGCCGGGCUCGUCACCGGCCGGGAGAACUCCGUCGCGGUGGCGCCCGACGGCAGGAAGGUGAACGCCGCCGAGGCGUUCAAGAUCGCCGGCAUCCAGGGCGGCUUCUUCGAGCUGCAGCCCAAGGAAGGCCUCGCCAUGGUGAACGGGACGGCCGUGGGCUCCGGCCUCGCCUCCACCGUGCUGUUCGAGGCCAACGUCCUCGCCAUCCUCGCCGAGGUGCUCUCCGCCGUGUUCUGCGAGGUGAUGAACGGCAAGCCGGAGUACACCGACCACCUCACCCACAAGCUGAAGCACCACCCGGGGCAGAUCGAGGCGGCCGCCAUCAUGGAGCACAUCUUGGAAGGCAGCUCGUACAUGAAGGAGGCGAAGAGGCUCGGCGAGCUCGACCCGCUGAUGAAGCCGAAGCAGGACAGGUACGCGCUCCGGACGUCGCCGCAGUGGCUCGGCCCCCAGAUCGAGGUCAUCCGCGCCGCCACCAAGUCGAUCGAGCGCGAGAUCAACUCCGUCAACGACAACCCGCUCAUCGACGUCUCCCGCGGGAAGGCGCUGCACGGCGGCAACUUCCAGGGCACCCCCAUCGGCGUGUCCAUGGACAACACCCGCCUCGCCAUCGCCGCCAUCGGGAAGCUCAUGUUCGCGCAGUUCUCCGAGCUGGUGAACGACUUCUACAACAACGGCCUGCCCUCCAACCUCUCCGGCGGCCGCAACCCGAGCUUGGACUACGGCUUCAAGGGCGCCGAGAUCGCCAUGGCGUCCUACUGCUCCGAGCUGCAGUUCUUGGGCAACCCGGUGACCAACCACGUCCAGAGCGCCGAGCAGCACAACCAGGACGUGAACUCGCUGGGCCUCAUCUCCUCCAGGAAGACGGCGGAGGCCAUCGACAUCCUCAAGCUCAUGUCCUCCACCUUCCUCGUCGCGCUCUGCCAGGCGAUCGACCUGCGCCACAUCGAGGAGAACGUCAAGGGCGCCGUCAAGACCUGCGUCAUGACGGUCGCCAAGAAGACGCUGAGCACCAACUCCACCGGCGGCCUCCACGUCGCCCGCUUCUGCGAGAAGGACCUGCUCAGCGAGAUCGACCGGGAGGCCGUGUUCGCGUACGCCGACGACCCGUGCAGCGCCAACUACCCGCUGAUGAAGAAGCUCCGCAGCGUGCUCGUCGAGCGCGCGCUCGCCAACGGCGCCGCCGAGUUCGACGCGGAGACCUCCGUGCUCGCCAAGGUCGCGCGGUUCGAGGAGGAGCUCCGCGCGGCGCUGCCCCGGGCCGUCGAGGCCGCGCGCGCCGCCGUGGAGAGCGGCACGGCGGCGGCGCCCAACAGGAUCGCCGAGUGCCGCUCGUACCCGCUCUACCGGUUCGUGCGCGAGGAGCUCGGCACCGCCUACCUCACCGGCGAGAAGACGCGGUCGCCCGGCGAGGAGCUCAACAAGGUGCUCGUCGCGAUCAACCAGGGCAAGCACAUCGACCCGCUGCUCGAGUGCCUCAAGGAGUGGAACGGCGCGCCACUGCCAAUCUGCUGAACAUUGGAUUCAUCAAUGGCAGCAGAAUUUUUUGGGUGGAAGCGAUGGUAGUACAAUCCGAAGGUUGAAGAUGAUGUUUUCAUAUGACGAUACUUUUUUCUUCUUUUACAUUUCUUUGUUGUUAUCGCAAAAGAAUUCUUCGUGCCAAGAACACGCAAACAUAGCUGUUGCAAAUUGUACAAUGUUCAGAAAUCGGAUUAAUAAGAAUAAUUUUUUUUUCAAGUGUUUGAACUA